GAGCAGAGAAGUUGCCAGUCACAGGAGCCACAAUGGCGUUUGUAGUCUCCUUCAGAUAGGGCUGUGGAUAAUAUUAAAUCCACUAGCAUCGCCCUAAAUAUAGGCCUGGUUGAUUCCCAGAGCCAUUGAUAAUAAACUGGAACAUCUACUGCACACGAAAAUACUAUGAUUUCUAAACAAUAUUGAAUUUAUAGUGGAUAAAACUUGCAUUAAAAAGGGAACAUGUAAACAGUACCAACCGGGUCAAGUUUUCAUUUUGUUCGAGAAACAAGCUGCUUUUAAUGAAGGCAUUUGCUUGUUUCUGAAUGCUUAAACCGUAAUUCUGUGGAAUAAAAGCACCUUUACUUAACUUGGCACCGAACAAGGACACCUUUCACAAAGGGACUUUUUCUUUUUUACGAAUCAGCUCGCUAGCCGCCAAGCAUUAGCUAGCGGUGCUAGCUAUAUUUGAGACGGAGACGACCCCACAAUGCUCCGAUGUCUGCUUGGGAUCUUUUUCAUUCACUGACUAAUUCAAAGAACUAUACUUUACAGCACUGGAAAGCCACCUUGUCAUCUUUCAGCUUUGACGAACUAUGUUGGGGAUCUCGGAGGAAUGAAUUGGCUUUGAGGAGGACUGGACGUGACAGGCCUGGUGUGUUUAUUUUGUGUAUUCUUGCCCAGUUUCUGCUUAGUAACACGUUUAUUUGGCAUUUGGAGUAGCUACUGUUCUCUUGUGAAUGAAUUGCCUGGACCACCGAGGCCCAGUCGAAGGAGAGGCACCGACGCCGGCGUGAGGGAUGCCUGGGUCGGACCGACACCAUGGGACCAAGAGGAAGCCGGAAUCCAGCAGCCUUAGCGGCGUGCCACAACAGACCCAGGCCACGACUCGUACCUCCGCUGGAGACAAGACGAGCAAGGAAGGCAAGGUGCUUGGAAAAUCUUCAAUGUCUUCUUCUUCUACAAAACGUAAACGGCAUAAAUUAACCAAACCUAAUCGGGAAUCCUCUGCACCUGGAGCCGAAUAUGUUACCCUCGGCGAUGCGGCGCCACCUGGUGUCAACACGGUGAAGCCUCUCGUGGAGUACGACGAUAUCAGCUCGGACUCGGACACUUUUUCAGACCCACCGUCCUCCAGGCCCUCGGAGAGGGGGGGCGGGGAUUUACUGGAGCCGUCACCAGACUACGAUAGGCAGGUGGCCGGUGCAGAAACAGGUGACAUGGAGAACAAGGGACACAAACAUUCCCGAAAAAAGCCCAAGGACCCCAACAAAGUUAGAGACCCUGGGAAUGGCGAACGUGGCAUCAAGAAAAAGAACAGCAAAGACCAAGAGAAAGGGGUUGCUGUAAAGAACAAGGAGAAGGCUGCCUCCUCAGGUACCUCCUCCAAACGCCAUGUCCAGCCAGAGGGUGACUCUAAACGUGCGGAGCUGAUGCUCACCACACAGCCUGCAGCCAGUGUAGGUAGUGCUACUUCCUCCACAUCCUCAUCUCGCAGCAAGGAAAGCAGCCGCUCAGGAAAGACUCGAAAAGAGAAGCAGCAGCGGAAAGAGGGCCGAGCAGCGGAGGGCAGCCAAAGCUCUUCCCAGAGGAACCGAGCAGACAGGACCCAUCGCAAGGCCUCCAAGAGCCUGAAGUCCAGCCCUAAGGGCAAGUCUUCGAAUAGGGGUAGCCCACGCAGGAAGGGCGCGAAUGCUGCUCAUUCACCCAGUCCCAGAAGAGCGGCUGGCAGCGAGAGUCCACAGGCCAGUGGGUAUGGACAGCAGGUGGAUGACACCUACUCCAGGCGGAGGGUGGCCCAGCAGAGCCCUAAUCCUUAUGGGGACACUUCCCGCCGCAGCAGACAGAGAUCAGACAGCCCCUAUGGCAGCAGACACCGGUCCUCCAGCUAUGAGAGGGACAGCAGCCCAUACUCAAGGAGACGCUCCAACAGCCCCUAUGGCACCCGCAGGUCCUCCAGCAACAGCCCCAUGUCUCGCCGCUCUGGCCGCUCCAGGAGUCGCUCCCCGAUGCACUACUCGACUUCUCGUCGCUCCACCUCUCGUCCCCGUAGCAAGAGACAUACUUCCUCUGUUGCAGCGGGGGCCAGCUCCCACAGCAGUCGGCCAACGAGCCGCUCCCCCCCCUCCCGCCUGCCACUCAACUCCAGCCUGGGAGCAGAGCUAAGUCGCAGGAAGAAGGAACGGCAGGCGGCUGAGGCGGCUGCUCGUGUUAGUGGUGGUGCUGCCACCCCUCCUCCGGCAGUACGUAAAUCUGCAGGCACCUCCGCCCUAAGGCCCACUAAACCUGCACCUCCCCAACCAGAAAAAGACUCUGCAACACCAGCUGAACCUCUGCCCGCACCACCUGCGCCCUUAUCCCAGGAUGCUCCCAGCGCUGAAGAUCAGUUCUCUGCACCUCUACCUUCCUCUUCCACCUCAUCUCCUACACCUCCUCCUCCCUCUCCUCCUGCGCCACCCGCCCCAGCCAUCCAGAUUCCUCCACCGCAACCUCAGGCCGAAGCAAGUAUUCAGCCUCCUACACCCUCAACCAUAUCCCAGGCCAAAUCUCCAGCUCCAGCUCCUCCACGCAGCCCUGUCCGCCAGAUGCCCCUUCACAAGACGUCGACUCUGCCUCUCCUGCCUUUACCACCUGCACUGCUGGGAAACACUCAGGGGAGUCCAAAGAAGUCCACCCCUCCUCAGAGGCCAUCCAGGAAGGAGAAGGAAGUUCGCAGCCGGACAUCACUGAUCGACCUUCCUUUACCACCCUGCCUGCCUGGAGGUGACUCCUCACCCCCACAGUGCCCCAUCCGCCAGGCCACACCGCUACCCCCGGCAGUCCUUAAGAAGAGACCAAAGAUUUGCUGUGCGCGAUAUGGUGAGCGCAAACACACCCAGAGUGACUGGGGCAAACGCUGUGUAGAUAAAUUCAAUAUUAUUGGCAUCAUAGGGGAAGGCACCUACGGCCAAGUGUACAAGGCCAAGGACAAAGAAACUGGUGAACUGGUCGCUCUGAAGAAAGUACGUUUGGACAAUGAAAAGGAGGGUUUCCCCAUCACAGCCAUCAGAGAGAUCAAGAUCUUGCGGCAGCUCAAACACCGAAGUGUGGUCAACAUGAAGGAGAUUGUCACUGACAAGCAGGAUGCACUUGACUUCAAGAAGGACAAAGGUGCUUUUUACCUGGUGUUUGAGUACAUGGACCAUGACCUGAUGGGCCUGCUGGAGUCGGGCCUGGUCCAGUUCUCCCAUGAGCACGUCCGCAGCUUCAUGCGCCAGCUGAUGGAGGGGCUGGACUACUGCCACAAGAACAACUUCCUGCACAGAGACAUCAAGUGCUCCAACAUACUGCUCAACAACAGAGGUCAGAUCAAACUUGCAGACUUUGGUUUGGCUCGACUUUACAGUUCAGAGGAAAGUCGGCCAUACACUAAUAAAGUAAUCACACUAUGGUACCGCCCCCCUGAACUCCUGCUGGGAGAGGAGAGGUACUCUCCAGCCAUCGAUGUAUGGAGCUGUGGGUGUAUUCUGGGAGAGCUCUUUACCAAGAAGCCCAUCUUCCAGGCUAACCAGGAGCUUCUACAGCUGGAGCAUAUCAGCCGUCUGUGUGGUAGUCCCUGUCCUGCAGUCUGGCCGGACGUCAUUAAACUUCCCCUCUUCAACACCAUGAAACCCAAGAAGCAGUACAGACGGCGCCUGCGGGAGGAGUUUGCCUUUUUACCUUCUGCUGCCCUGGACCUGCUGGACCGAAUGCUGACCCUUGACCCCGCGCGGCGCUGCUCAGCAGAGCAAGCUCUUGUCAGUGUCUUCCUGAGUAAUGUUGAGCCCAACAAGAUGCCACCGCCAGAUCUUCCUCACCAUCAGGACUGCCACGAGCUGUGGAGUAAGAAGAGACGACGUGCACGUCAGAGCGGGGUGCCCGAGGAUGUGCCCAAAGUGCCCCGCAAGGAAACGACAGGGACCUCGAGCGGGGAGAACAGCCGGCCCCAAAGCAGCCCGGCUGUACCCCCACCGCCUCCCCCAGGAAAACCGCCCCCCCCAGUCACCUUAGAGAGUGAGUUGUCAGGCCUGGGAGUAGCAGCAGACCAGUUGAACCCGACAGAGCUGGCCGUGCUGAUGAACCUCCUCCAGGGGCAGACGGACCUCAGCCUGCCCCAGGUGGCCCAGCUCCUCAACCUCUCAACCCCAGAGACUCUCAGCCAGUCGCUGUCAGCCCUCAGUGAGGCCUCUGACCAGCAGGGGGCUCCAGAGGACCAGGCCCCCACUGCUGCCAGGUCCCAGCCCCCGGAGCCGCCGCCUGAACCCCAGGAACCCUCGCCGACAUCCGGAGACCCCCCGCUCAGCCAGGAGGACCAGGCCAACCUGCUCGCUCUCCUUUUGGGCCACAUCAUUAAGCCCCAAAGGGAGGAGCAAGGCAAUGAGAGCAAUGGUGUCCAAUCAGAGGAGGCACUAAUGCGCGGCUCGUCCGCCUCUACUACUGAACGCAAGGAUGGUGCAGUAUCAAAAAGGAAACCGCUGGAUGCCAACCAGGUGCCUCCACCUGGGGAGCAGCGUCCCCCCUCUCCACCCGGUCCUCCUCCAUCGGCUCUCCUCCCUGGAAAUGCCCAGCAGGCCGGGUCUGAAACCCAGCCCAGCCAGGACAUCAGCCCUGCUGUGGCAGCUGCUUUGCUCCAGCUCAUCUCCCAGCAGGACUCGGAUGCUGGGCCCCCCCCGCACAGCAAGGACCCCUCUCCUGCUGCAGAGGCCCGGGGACCGCCCCCUCCACCCUGGAUGGCUGACUCCUCACCUAAACCUUCGGCUGCAGCUGAGGCCACAGCAGGACCAAACACAGCAGCACAGUUCCCCAAGGACCAGGACCUCCGCUUCUCCCAUGGAGCUGCCCGCUGGACCUGCCACCCCCCCCCCCCCCCCUGAGAGACAAACCCUAGUAUCUUAGGGCAGCUCCAGCAAUCCUGAAGGACACGCAGAGGAAGAAGACAGAGGGACACCUACAGAUUAGUAUUCACUGGACCAUGAGCAGGUAGUUAAAGUUGAAUCAAAGAUGUUGUAAGGGGUCUCAGGUCAAGAACAUAACUUCCCUCUGUCGUUUUGAAUCGGAGGGAGUGUUUGGACCUGACCGUAAAUUAAUUUGGGAACGUCACCACCUGCAGUCCCUUUGCUCUCACCCUUGACUGAAGGUCCCGACUUGAAUUAAGUUUAGCUUUUCAAAUUGAGUGCAAUGCAGCUGACACUCAAAUUAAAAAGAAGCUUUGAUUUUUUUUUUUCAAAACAAAUGAUUGUCAUGUCCACUGCAGUGCCCACUUCUAAAAAAAAAAGUUCCAAGAGCUUUAUGAAGAUGAAGUCAUUUUUGCUCCACUCUGUAAUGGGGCGGUGUCUGUCCCAGUGUGGUGGAAGCUAAAGUCCUGUGUAUCUUUAUAUUUGAGGCUUUGAGCACACUGAUAAGAACAAUGGAGGUUUGUGAAGUUGUGUCUCAUUGAUCCUCACGUGCUGGUUAGCUCCCGUUUCAGCCUUGUGCGUCGUUUGUGACCCCAGCGACCCCUGAAUGAUCGCGGCUUGGCAAGAAAGUGUGGGUUAAGUUUCCGUUUUUGAUGGCAACAGCGACUGGGAACAGGAAUUUUAGUUUUACUCAAAGGCUGUUCCAUAUUGUAUUCAGUUUCUCAUCAAUUAAACUGAAUUGCGAUAUGUUUUUGGUCCAUAUGAAGAUUUUCCCAAACCUGUGUCAUAGCAGUGCUCACUUUAUCUGUCUGAAAGAUGGAUCAAACCACUACAUCUCAACGUAUCGCUACAUGAUACACUUAUAAAAGCUAGACACACGUACGCAAACACUGACUUCUCUGGCUUUUCCUGGUGGGCUGUGAAAGCCUUGUCGUUGCCUCACCGCAAACUUGUGCAACAAAAGCUUUUUCUUUUGCUGCAGUUAUUUUCUACAUAAAGAAAAUGAUACAUGCUUUGAAAAUGGUCCAUGGUUUCUGUUUGCAUUUUUUUGGUUUUGAAGGAGAAAAUGAUUUGUGUAUGUAAAAAAGAAAAAAAUAUUUUGUAAUAUGUGUUUUCUUGGUUCAGUUUAUUAAAGGAAGUUAUGCGACCA